AUGCUGUCCCCGGCGCUGCUCAAGAGCUCGACGCGGCUCAGCGGGCUGCGGCUCGUGGCGGCGCGCUCGGCGCUGCCGGCCGUGCAGGUGCUGCACCAGACGCAGACGCGCACGUUCGUGGCCGAGCAGGUGUACAAGCUGGCCAAGCGCGUGAUGCCGCGCAUGUCGGACACUGAGAAGGCGGCGCUGGACAGCGGCACCGUGGGCUUCGACCGCGACAUCUUCUCGGGCGCGCCCAAGCUCGCCACGCUGGACAAGUACUCGGCGCAGCUCAACGCCGAGGAGCAGGCCUUCAUGGACAACGAGGUGCAGCAGCUGUGCGAGAUGAUCGACGACUACGGCGUCACGCGUGACCAGGACCUGCCCCUCAAGGUCUGGCAGUUCAUCAAGGACAAGGGCUUCCUCGGCAUGAUCAUCCCCAAGGAGUACGGCGGCAAGCAGUUCAGCGCGCACGGCCACUCGGUCGUGAUCACCAAGAUCGCCACUCGCAGCGGCACCGCUGCAGUCACAGUGUGUGUGCCCAACUCACUGGGCCCUGCUGAGCUGCUGCUGCGCUACGGCACGGAGGAGCAGAAGAACUACUUCCUCCCUGGCCUGGCCUACGGCAAGCACCUGCCCUGCUUUGGCCUCACGGGACCGUCGUCGGGGUCGGACGCAGCUAACAUGCGUGACACCGGCAUUGUCUGCGAGCAGGACGGCGUGCUGGGCAUCCGCGCGACCUUCAGCAAGCGCUACAUCACGCUGGCACCCGUGGCCACGUGUGUCGGCUUGGCUGUGGACGUGAAGGACCCGCACGGUCUGCUGAAGGGCACGGGCCACCCGGGAAUCACCGUGGCGCUGCUUGAACGCAACCACCCUGGUCUUCAGAUGGGCAAGCGUCACGACACCAUCUCGAUCCCGUUCAUGAACGGCCCUGUGACGGGUGAGGACGUGUUCAUCCCCAUGUCGAAGGUCAUUGGUGGUCAGACUCGUGUCGGCUACGGCUGGAACAUGCUCAUGGACUGCCUGGCCGAAGGCCGCUCCAUCAGUCUGCCUGCUGCUGCUGUUGCUGGUGCGAAGCUGUCUGUGAACGCUGUCGGUGCCUACGCACGCGUCCGCAAGCAGUUCAAGGUGCCCAUUGCCAGUCUGGAAGGCAUCCAGGAGCAGCUUGCUAUCAUUGCCAGCAACGCCUUCAUCAUGACGAGCGGCCAGCACAUGGUGAACGCAAUGAUCAACCAGCACGAGCAGCCCGCCGUCAUCAGUGGUGUCUGCAAACAGCAGAUCACCGACCGUGGUCGUGACGCUGUCAUUCGUGGCAUGGAUGUCCUGGGUGGCGCUGGUAUCUGCAAGGGCCCCAACAACUUCCUCGCGAACAUGUACACUACACUGCCUGUGAUCAUCACUGUCGAGGGUGCGAAUGUCUUGACGCGUUCGCUCAUUAUCUUCGGCCAAGGUCUCACCCGUGCGCACCCUCACCUGUACGAGCUGAUCAAGACCAUUCAGCACGGCGACGACCUGGAAGGUUUCAAGAAGGAGCUGAUCAAACUGGUGCAGCACGGUGUGACGAACACGGCUGGUUCACUGAAGACGGCGGUCACGCGCUCGCGCAUCAAGAAGCAAAGCGCCCUGCUUGAGCACUACGAGUCUCAGAUGGACAAGUUGUCGAAGAACUUUGCCAUGUGCGCGGAUCUCUCGCUGGUGCUUGGCGGCAAGUUGAAGUUUGCUGAAAUGAUCUCGGGCCGGUUUGCGGACGUGUUCUCGAGCCUCUACCUUGGCUACUCGGCGAUGUGGUUCUACAAGAACAACCGCCACGUUGAGGGCAUCGACGCGAUGUUUGACUACGCCAUGACGCAGCUCUGCUACGAAGCGCAGCAGGGCAUCGUGGGCAUCAGCAAGAACUUCCCUGUGCCUGGUGUCGGUCCGAUCAUGCGCGGACUGUCGUUCCCGUUCGGCCUGCCGUACGAAGCCCCUACGGACAAGCAGCGGCGUCAGAUUUCAGACCUGACCUCCACCGACUCGGGAAUUCGUAACUUGCUGAGCGACAACGUGUUCGUGUCCGAGAACCCGAACGACCGUGUGGCCCUGCUGAACGCCACACUGCCCAAGGCUGUCAAGGCUGACAAGACGCUUUCCGCACUACGCAAGCAGAAGCGCAGUGCCACCAUUGACGAGCAGAAGUUCAUUGACGAAGUCGAGGCUGCGCGCGAAAUCAUCAUCCAAGUGGACAACUUCGACGCACUGGGCGCGGAAAUCGGCAAGCCCAAGGACUACGUGCGUCCGGGCAUGGUCGGCAACAUCUUCGAGAAGAAGAACUAAAAUGCAGCCGAGUGAAAUGAACUAAGCUUAGCGAAGGCGGCAACACCGUGAGAUAAGGAAGAAACCCUCACGUCGGCAGUAGGAACACACAGAAAACCACACAUUUACCAUAAUGCAGCACAAAUUUACUUGAACC